GGUGGCGGUGGCAGUGGCUGUGGUUGUGGCUGUGCGGAGCUCGGCGCAAUCGGACCGGGAUGGGACGGCGUGGGACGGGCGCAGGGACGCCGGCAGGCGGGCUCCGCUCGGGCUCUGGACACCGCGCACCAACUCCGAAGUGCUGGGGAGGAGCCGGGGGCGCGGAGCGCUGAGUGUAGAGCUCCUAGUCGGAGCCCGAGCCGAGGCUGCCACCGCCGCCGCCGCCACCCUCGACCCCCUCGCGCCCCUAACCCCCCUCGUCCCCCAGCCCCCCUCUUUGCUGCUGCUGCUGCGUCUGGGGAGGAGCCGCCGCCGCCGCCGCCGCCGCCGCCGCUGCCGAGGGAGUGCGCAGCCAUGCCCGCUGGGGCUCUCUAACUGCCCGGGGACGGUCACAGUGUUUGGGAGAGCGGCCGCGGGCACCGGCGAGGGGCGCGCGGCUGGGGCGCCCAGCUCGUGCUGCUGCCCCCACCUGCCAUCCCCCAGUGAUGCUCGAUGAGAUGAACAUUCUUCACUCCGAGGCAGCCCGUGCCCCAGUCGUCACCGCGUCUGCCGGGGGUCCCGCCGGGCACUGACCUGCCGCCCCGGCCGCCCCCGGGCAGCCCCGCGCGCCUAGGACCAUGCAGCCUCCGGCCCUGUCGGCGCUCCCUAACCUAUUCCGGCUCCUGCUGGCGCUCGCCGCGCUCUGGUGUCCAGUGAUGGAGAGCCGGGGAAUCAUGGACAGCCUCCAGCGAUUUUCCUCCUUGCCUGCCUAUCUCCCCAUGAGCUACCACAUUUGCAAUGCUGAAGUCUCCUUCUUUCUGAAAGAGGCUAACCAAGAUCUCAUGAAGAACUCUAGUCUGCAGUCCAGGGUGGAGUCCUUUUUCAUCUAUCGAACCAAGGAGCCCCCUAUUGUGAAUGCCAGUUACGGACCCUUUUCUGUGGAGCAGGUGGUCCCCCGGGACCUCCUGUUGACCAUGGCACCCUUUGGUCACUCAGAGAAAUUUACUUUUAAUUGGAGACUGAAGUCACACAUCCUUGACAGCUCCAUCUAUUCCAACAGACCCAAAGUGCAGACAUUGUUUUAUGUCACAGGAAUGGACUGGGAAGAAAACAACCCAGUAGAAGAUUUGCCCUGUGUUAAGAUGUUUGCCAUUCUGGAGGCCAGGGAGGUGGUGGCCAGUUGCAAGCUACAGGGGGACUUGGGGCUUUGCGUUGCCGAGCUUGAGCUGUUACCUGACUGGUUUGACUCUGUCCCAAUCCUGGAUCCUGAGGCCGAGGCCGAGUCAGCACCAGGAGGCACCCCUGUGGAACUGUUUUACAAACUGUGCCCUGCUGAUGAGUGGGGCAAGUGUUCUCCAGAGGAUGGCAAGUGGGAGAACAACAUCCAUUUGGGCCAAGAGAAUGCUCAGAAAGCAUUUUCCCCCAUGGAGAGGAUUGGCAGUGUGGUUGUCUACCCAACCCAGGACCAGACGAAGCGGUCCCUUGUGAGGCUAGAUGAGAACCUUGUGAUCUCUCUGCCACUCAACCCUGUCCGGGAAGGAGACACCGUCACAUUCUUUGUGUCCCUGGAUGGUGACUCUACUGCAAACCACUUUACUCUCAGGUAAGAUCCUUGGCCCAGUUGGGCAAUAUGGAAAACAAAUCUCAAAUUUUUAGUGCUUAAAUGACUAGUCGGAACCUUACCAUGCACUGACUUCUGUACUAGGCACUCUGGGGAGAUGGAAAGAAGUAUAGCUCAUAAAUGUAGCCUUCAGUGUGCUUGUAGUCUAGCUAGGGAAAUAAGGCAUGCACAUGUGAAACACUGGAGGACAGGCCAUGGCACCAAAGUGGAUAAGUUUUAUAUGGCGGAAGAG